AUGGAUCAAGAAAUGGAUGUAGUCUUACCACCUGAAAGAGUGAAGCUCUUCGACAAGGUGGUGACAUCAAGCGAUAUCAAACAGCAUCGUCUUGCCAUUCCCAAGUACCAUGCCAGGAUGCACUUUCCACUGCCUGAUCCAUCGGACUCAAAAGGUUCACUGUUGCGUAUGCAAGACAAUGAAGGAAAAAUGUGGAGAUUCAGGUUUAUAUUUUGGAAAAGUUAUCAGGGUUAUGUACUCACAAGUGAGUGGAACCAAUUUGUGAGGGAGAAAGGCCUCAGUGCUGGAGACACUGUCUGGUUUUAUCGCUCCACAGCACCAGACAUGCAACUCUACAUUGACUAUACUUCACAAGCCAAAAGUGAUGUUGCUACGUCGAAUUCAGAUGUAUUUGAACAGACACCAGAUGUUCGAGAGUUCAAGUUGUUCGGGGUCACUAUAAACUUUAGUUUAUGA